UAAUAUCGAUAAUCUAGGGUAUGACAAUUAUGGACUUAUCUAUAGUCAGUAUAGUAAAAAACUAUACGCUAGUAUGUUUCGAUUCAUAAGUAAGGCUGUCACGCUCAUAUCCAAACAUAACCUGUUAACCUUUUGUGUGAUGUAGUGAGAGAUUUUUGUCAUUCCAUUUUUUAAAUAAGAGAAUUAUUGUUAUAGUUGAUUUGACCUUGUUUGAAAAGAUAAUUAUCUUACUUCUACUCAUCUACAGUGAUUGGAAUAAUUUCAUCGAGACAUAAUGGCAUCAAAAAUAUUUUUCGAUCGUUGUUGUAAUCCAUUUGAUUUAGAAUCACAUUUUAAAAAAAAAAGUUUACGUCCAGCGACUGACAUCAUGAAAGUCACGUUGGGAUUAAGUGAUAAUUAUUCAUUAUGCAGUUCGUGUCGAAACAAAGCUUUAAAAUUGGUAAAGGAACAAACAAAUACUAGUAAUGAUACUACCGUUGAUGCAAGUGAUCAUGAAGAUGAUUCUAGUGAUAACAAUGAGAACAGUGAUGGUGCUGACAGUGAUAGUAACACAACUGCCACAGAUCUCCCGUUGUCCUCAUCAUUCCGUUCCUUGUCGUUUAAUAGUGAACCCAAAGAUUCACAAUCAAGCUCGGCAUCCCAAGUUAGUGCUGCAACUCAAUUACCCAGUAUAAACGAUGCAUUGCGACUAUUAAAUCAAUCGCCAAUUCCUUCAAAAAAAUUGAAUGAUUAUCAAUUUUUGAGUAAUAAAAUAAAUCAGACGUCUGACAGCUUGAAAAAAAUUUUGAACUCAACUGCUGACGAAGGAUCAAUUGAUGACGAUGGUGAAAAUUUUCGUUCAUUAAUUGAAAAGCUGCACGAUAAAUUCAAUGAUAAAGAAACAGAAAAGUCUUUAAAGAUACAAAUCUUAACCUUGUUACCUGAAAAAUGGGGUGAAAGACGUAUUUGUAAAACUAUGAAUACAUCAAGACAUUUAUCAAGAGUAGCAAAAAAGUUGGUUGAAGAAAACGGUAUACUUUCAACACCUGAAACAAAAUUAGGUAGGGACGACAAUUACUGA